AUGCACGACGGCGGCCCCACGAUCGGCGACACCGGCGACUUCCCUCCGAGCCCGACGCAAGCCCAAUACGACACGGAGAGCGACAUCGCCAACGCUGAACCGAAGCCGCUGUGGGGUGAGUGGUCUCCGGCCCACGAGCCUACUACCGUUGAGACGAAGCCGCUAUGGGGUGAGGGGACGUCGAACCACGACAAGAUGAAGCUCAUCGAUCUGUGGCCGCCGACGUCGAACCACGAUGUUGCCUUCUACAAGUACAAAACGACAAUCAAGACAACGAUCACAGUUGAUACGGUCGUCGUAGAGCAGUUCAUCCAAUAUAUCAAAGGUAACAGACCUCCAUGUCCUAUGGUAGUUGGACUGGACACCGAGUGGCGCAAGAUUCGAACCAAGGCCUACAAACUCGCCCUGUUGCAACUGUGCGUUGGCCCGCGCUGCCUUGUGUUCCAGGUACAUUACGCCGGGGGCAAACUUCCUGAUGUCCUGAAGAGUUUUCUUACAAAGGAGGGCCAUAUUUUCGUCGGAGCACAUAUCAAGAAUGAUGUUGUCCGCCUAGAGGAGGACUAUGGCAUCACUAUUACAAAGUGGGACGACCAUCAGGUCAUCGUACCACAAGUUAAUGAAAAAUAUAGACAUCUCAAGCAUUCUGGCAAGCAGUGGAGAUCAUCACUAGAGCACAUUGCAUCAGAGGUGCUAGAAAUAAAAAUCCAGAAGCACAAGAUGGACCACAAUUGGUGGCAUUCACAGUUCUUGACAGAGCAAAUAAGGUAUGCCACCAUAGAUGUUUUUUUGUCAUAUGAGAUAGCGAAUCAACUUCAGAUCAAGCACGGUUAUAACUACAAGGGCGAAGCUAGAGAAGAUGUGAAAAUUUAA